AUUGCCAUUCUUAUAAAAUGUUUCUGCUCAUCAAACAAAAAGCCAGACACGUAGUUCAUGCGCUAACAUUUUUGCCAUCUUCACUAGAUUGUUCGUCUAUUCUAUAUAGUUGAUUGAAUAAGAUUUAUUACAUUUGGUAAAAUAACGUGGAAAAGAACAUGUCGCAUUUGUUAAAAGUGAACUAUUUGUACGUUCGUUUAGGUGUAUGAUGGAGGCAGACAGAGUAAAGCGAUUUUCGGCACGCAUCCUGGCUGGCUCGGCGCCAGCAUGCUACGUGUUCCAACUUUGGACAAGGAAGCGAAUUCAGAUUUUAAAACAUGUCGUAUGAAUUCCAGUACGUCCCUGUUGCAUUAAAUAAUAAAUGUGAGCGAGAAGAGAUCUGGAAUUGCUGGUUAUGCUUGUUUGUUACGGGGUAUAAAAAAAAUAUAUCUUUUGAGCAUUAUAUCAUAACAGUAUUACAGAUAAAACAAUCUGAAUACGCCUACAGCGUGGCAUGCAAUUUACGGAUUGGUUUUACGGAAAAUUUCGGGUUUUGUUGAAAGUUUUUAUACUUUUUAUGCAAUCUGUGUUUGGUACUCAACUAUUUUCAAUAGUUGUUAUAUGCAAACUUUUUACUCGGUCUGAAUGAGAUAUUCUGCAUAUUUUGUUGGUAAAAGUCAUGUAAAAAUAAUUACUUAUGACUUGUCAUUAUGAAAACGUCAUCCCACUUAUUUAUGAGAAAUCUCAGAAAUAUUUUACCACCACGAAAAAUGGAAAAACAUUCAAAUAACAGCAACAAUAUUUCAGCAGAUAGUUUAGAAGAAAAUUUCAAAAAUAAAACUUCACUGGUAGAUACAAAUUCAGAUGAUAAUGUUGAAACAGUGGUUGUGCCAUUUUACGAAAAAGACGUGGUCAUGAAGGUACCGAAAGAUAUAAAACGUGUAAAACAAGAAAAAUUGAAGCCCAAACCAAAAGUAAAAAAGGAAGAGAAUGCUUCGAGCUAUCUCGUUAACAAAAAUAUGCAAAGCAAACGCUCAAGCACAUACCUAGAGAAAUUCCGCAAUCAGUUCCUCCCAAAUUAUGUUGAAAAUAAACAGGACGGACCAGAGAUUCGUUCUAUCUCACCCGAAGUUGGUGAUACGGACAGAGGCAACUUGAGCUUUGGCGACGAAGAACAAGGCAAUCCUGUGGAAGAAUUUCAUGAUACGGAAGCCUACAAUGAAAUAUAUUACGAGAACCUUCUUCAGCGGGAGGUAGUUAACUAUUCAGAUACGUCUUCGGUUGAAGAUGUAUGUUUCAAUGAUGAUUUAGAAAACAAGUCUCCUGAAGAUAACCUAAAAAGCGUUUCUGAAGUUUCUCAACCUCGGCGACCACUACGGCGUGUUACAAUGGAACCGAAUGUUAACGUCAAGCUUGGAGGUCUCGGCCCCGAUUUAGAAUCGAUCAGACCUCAGAUGAUGAGAACUAGAAGUCUUCAAAGAUACUCUGACAGGGUAAGAGCAGCGAAUCGGGUCAGUAUUUACAAAAAAAACGUUACUGAAAAUAAACAGACCGACAUAGAAUCUGACCCAAAGUCGGAAAGAAAAUCCACUCAUAAUAUACCAAGAAGAAGGGUAACUGAGGAAAAAGUGUCAUAUUUAGUCAAUAAAUCUUCCGAGAAAACUGUUCAAGUGCUGCGUAAAAGUCAUGUCUCGAAGUCGGCUAAUCCAAAUAAGACGAGUGAGGUACAGGAAACCUAUGAACAUUCAAAAAGAAAGUCAGCAGGCAAGAAAGCCUUGGAAAAACUGAGGCACCGGAACAAACCUGCACAUGAUGGAGACGUUGAGCAAAGAACGAAGAAUGAUUCAAUAGAAGUGAGAGUCAGAAGUGGAAGUAAAACUAUUAAAACGGAAAUAAAACCGAACAACAACGAGGUACCUCCGAUUCAUAUCAGCUUUCUAGUUAAUGUGGAGAAUAACACCGGCAGUGCCUUAAAGAAUCUCGAGGAGAAACACCGACGCUAUCAGGAAAUGGUUAAACAGUAUGUAAACGAUUAUUCUUAAUUUCAUUUGAAUUAAUGCUUAUAUAAUAUAACAGUAUUUGUAAUUAUUGUUGCUGAAACAAAUUUUAAUAAAGGUUACUGAAUAAAACGGA